AUGAUGGCUUCGAGACGAUUGAUUGAGACCGCGAAAGCAGCUUUAGGGAAAACAUCGAAUUCGUGUUCGGCUUUUGGCCUCCCCAGAUUCUACUCCAAGCCAUCCACUUAUUUCGUGAAGGUUGGGAUUCCAGAGUUCUUAAGUGGGAUCGGUAAAGGAGCUGAGACUCAUAUUGCUAAGCUUGAAACUGAGAUUGGUGACCUUCAAAAGCUUCUUGUGACGCGUACUCUCAGACUUAAGAAGCUUUCUAUCCCUUGCAAACAUAGGAAACUCAUACUGAAGUAUGGCCAGAAAUACAGGCUAGGCCUAUGGAAACCUAAAGCUGACGCUAUCAAGACCUGA